UACAGGUCGAAGGUUUAUGCCGUAAAGCAAACCUGACGAGUUGUUUUGAGCUUUCUUGCUGGGCGUUUUAGAGCUUUUGGGAAGUCCUCAGUAUUCAGCGUAUAUACCCAAACCUUUCGGUUUAAAAUGUCAACAGAUUCAAAUUUGUGUCGGUGGGUUCUGAAAUAAGAUUUCGUUCAACCUGGAAGGCAUGCGUUAUUUAUUCAUCUAUCAUUAAAAAUAUCGUUCGCUUCCUGUACUCGCUUUCACUUCCCUGGUCGUAUAACAAUACGCCUGCCAGCUAACUUUUAAUAUCACUGGAGGGUGAAGGAGUGUCCCUCUUUCUGCCAGGAUGCUGGCCACUGUCGUGCUCUGCAGCCUGAUACUGUCUGCCACAGGACAGCAUGUGGAGGACGACUGGAUAGACCCGUAUGAUAUGCUCAACUACGAUGCAAGCAGCAAAACGAUGAGGAAGCCUGCAGAGCCGGCGAACUAUCCCAAUGUGCCCACCAAAAGAAGAGAGUAUAACCAGAACUCCGGCAAAGCUGAUCAGAUGCCAUGUGACACCCAAGUGGCAGAGCUUCAGAUACAGGUUGAACAGCUUCAAAAGAAAAUCACACUCAUCUCACAGCAGCCCACAUGUAAUCCAGUGUUCAAGCGAUUCUUAAGCAGGCUGCUGAAAGAAAUCCAAAGAGUUGGUUUGCCCGGUCAUUCUGCAGACGCCAUUUAUGAUGCCACAAUCAAACUGUCCUCACAAGCCAUUACAGAGAUUCAGACACUUCUGGAGGGUGAAGACAGUUGGAGGACAGGAGCUCUGGACAACGCAAUCAGUCAGAUACUGGUGGAUCUCAGACCACAUGACUACGAGGCCUGGAAGUGGCGCUUUGAAGACACCUUCGGCGUGGAGCUGGACACACUAUUAAAAAUGGCGCUGUUGUUUCUUUUCUUAAGCGGCAUCAUAUGCACUCAGCUGUGGUCAACGGUGUCCAGGUUCAUGCAGUUCCGCAGAAUGCUCUUUCUUGGCUUUAUUGCGAGUAUUUUCUGGAAUUGGUUGUACCUAUACAAGAUUGAAUUUGCCAAACGUCAAAAUAACUUGGUGAAGGCAAACGGCGACUAUGAGAAAUGCACUGGAAUGAGGAGGAUUGACUGGUAUGACAGCAUAAAAGAGUGGUACAGAAGCACCCUGACUCUCCAGGAUGAUCCUUGUAAGACAUACUAUGAAUUUCUGAUGGUUGACCCCUUGCUGCUUGUCCCCCCAACAAAGGCGUUUGCAGUUACCAUCACAACCUUCUUCACAGAGCCACUUAAGCACAUCGGCGAGGGCAUCAGUGACUUUCUUCGAGCCCUCCUCAAAGAUCUACCGAUCACGCUGCAGAUCCCAGUUCUCCUCACCAUUGUGCUCGCUAUUGUGGUGUGCAUGUAUGGGAGUGUCAAUGCAGCUUUUCAACAUGGCAUCACCGCACCUUUCCGUCGGCCUCGAAGAGAUCCACCUCAAUAUCAUCUCGAACAACGGCGUCACGUCCAGGAGAUCGAGGAUGGUGACCACUUAGCGGGAGGAGACAUGCCUCAACAAGCCCUGAGGCACAGAGCCGAUGAUGCCAGAUUAGACAGGAACCAGGUUCAUCAGAGGAGGCCCAACAGACCCCGGGAAGAGCGUGCAAAGUUGGUCGUGGAGACUCUGUGCACUGCAGGGCCUCCAAGCGGUGGGGAUGAGACGGACGCCAGGCUGCGCGAGGAGGCGCAAAAUCUCUCUGCUGAGUCGGAUUCAGAAACUCAGCAGGAGGCACAGGAGGAGCUAGCAGGAGCCGGUGCCAGUGAGAUCUCUGAUAAUAGAACUCAAUUAGAAACAAAAUCUCUUGAAUUAGAUAUACAUUUUUCUAAAAAUAAACCUUUAAAAGUGAGUAAAAAACCUGCUCAUGAUGAACCCAGCAGAGACACUGCAGCAUCCAGACAUCAGCCAGCAGAGAGACCGCCUGCACACACUGAUGUUCAAGACCAGGAGGGGGCAGAAGACAGGAAGUCAAUGAUGACACACGUGGAAACUAUCGGACUUUCCGUUCAGGAGUCUACUCCGGCAUCGGCAGAGUAGCUACCUUCUUCAUCAGUCAGAGCUGGAAGAAUAGCUUUAUUAUGUUUGUUUUUAUUUUUAUACUGGACUGUAGAAGCGAUGAAGGGAAGAUAAUGUCUCUAUACAAAAGAUUUACAGGUAUUGUUUAAAUGUGCUUGAACAUCAUCUUAAAGGAAACCGUUUCUUGAGUUUCUAACACACUUUAUCUUUUCCUGUUGUGCCAUCAAAUGAUUGUGCCUUUCACUCCAGCUGAGUCCAGAAUUCUGUUUAUCAUCUGUUUAUUUGUAUUAUUUUCAUCAGUUUUAAUGAGAUCAGUGGUCAAGACAGCUACUGUAUGUUGGAGUGUCCAUCUGCAGGAAUCAUGUUUGCUCAUUUCAAUGUUAUGAAAGACUGACUCAUUCAUUCAGUAAACUUGUAUUUAAUCAUUUUAUUUUCUAGGUUGAAAAAUAGAUUAGGAAUUUGUAAUGUAAAAGGGAUGUAUUUGUUAAUGCUGUUUUUUUCGCUCUAAGAAUUUAUUCAGGUUAUUAAAGUUUUGUAUAUUGAAGGUUUUGUAAUAAUGAUGCUGAAGUCUAUUCCUGAGCAGCAGUGUAAACUAUACUUGUAUGUACUGUUUGUACAAAAACUUAAACUGCUUAAAUUAUGAGGGGAAGAUGUUGUAAUUGGUGACUUUCAUAAAAUGAUAAACCUGAAUUGUAAAUUUGAUAUUGAAAGUAAAACAUUUAAAGAAAAAGAUAACAAUCAGGAAGGACUUUUAUUUUUCACAAAAGCGCAAAAUGCUUUUUGUUGCAACCUCUUCCCAAAGAAAUGGAUAACAAAUAUUCAUUCUGAGUAAGGAAACCCUACUGAAAGUUGCACCAAUCAUAUUUCAGCUCAUUGUUUUGACUUCCAGGCUCAUGACUUCUCUGUGGUUUACUCUCACAGCUCACCUCACCUUGUUUUUCACUGCAGCAGUGUGCUAUUUGCAGCAAAGAAGCACCAAUGAAACUGCUGUAUACUUACUGUACAGCACAAAACAGGAGGCAGACGGUAAGUGAAAUUAUGCACAUAGUGGAAUAUUUGGCUUCUUGAUACUUAAUGUCCCUCAGCGAUGAAGUUGAUGUUAAACUUGAGAGAUGAUUGAGAGAAAAUGAGAUAACCUUUACAAAUAAUUAAAUGGAAUAUUUUCCAAAUUGGGUACUUUA